CUGGUUUUUGAGUAGAGGCUUACUUUAGUAUGUAGUUUUCUUAACGUAAAUAAACUCGGGUGAAGGCACAGGUUUUAUGUUUUUAGUGGAUGAUACCGCACUAGUUCUUUAUUGUGACUUUAAAUCUACCAUGUUUGAAUACAGUCUCAGUGUGAGAUUCAUUCACUUUCUUCUACGAGCUUACUAUAUGAGAUUACCUAACUGGCGUGCGUACAUCUGCAAGUGAGCGAUCGAGUUGCCUUUGAAAGAGAUUAAGUCGUCUAAUUCGUCUUUUAAAGUCUUUCAUUUAAAGUAAAUCACCCUGAAAUAUUAGGCUAUCGUUACAUUGUGAUUAACUGAGUUUAUAGCUGUUUUUCUCUGGAAUGAUGUCGGACAAUAAAUGUCCUGAAAGCAGCGUCGUAGCUCAUCGGAAAGCCAUGUACAAAGUAACCUCAGCACCCUGGAGGGAUGCAUAUCGAGAGAGGUGUUUAAAGCGUCUUCAUGAAAGCAGAGAUGUGCUGAUUUCCAAGAGACGAGGUCUGGACUCGGACAUACUUGAAAAAGAUCAGGAUACCAAGAAUAGCCAAUUCAUCAAGACUCUUAUGUCGGAUGAAUUAAAGAUGUUUCGAGACGAAAAAAAGGAAGAUGCUGAGAUGGAGAUGUGGGAUCCAGACUGUGGAGAGAUUGAUGUGAUGCUGUCAGUAUUUGAAGAUAUUCAGCAAGAGCUGAGGAUGGAAGAAGUCCGACUGCUGAAGGAGUAUGAAGUCUAUGCUGAGAGUCUUCGUGCAGAAGAAGCUGCCCUAUGCAGCGCCAUUGAACAACUCGGUAGAGGGGAGAUAAUCUGUCCCUUGUGUGAAAAGCAUUCCCUUUUAGAGAACAAAGGUGUCAUUUUCUGCAAAUGUGGCUUACGGAUUGAUACAGAGCAAGACAGCAUAGGCCUGGAGUUUGUGCGCCAGCAGCUACAGUCAGCAGGUGAUCUCCACCACUGUGAGACUCACCCUCAGUUUUCUGUAGUUGAGGACUAUGGCUGCUCGAACUUAGUCAUGACAUGACUGUGACUUCAUGUACAUUAUCGUGUAGCAAAUCUGUAUGGUGGAACAGUAAAAGACGUAAGCAGGAUUUCAAAAGGACUCAUUGGAUCAGUUGCUAGGACACAUCAGUCAAAGCAGAUGUUGAGUUACAUCAACUAUUUUUAAUUCCUAAUAUAGAACGAAAUAUUUACUUUGUAUGUGUGCACGCAUGCACUUGUGUCUUCCCUCAUGUCAUGCAUUUAUACGAUUGGUUUGGGAGAGAAUGAGUUUGUAAAAGUUUUGCAUUUAUAUACUCAGCAAGAACGAAAUAGUUAUUGCUCUGGUGCAUGAUGAGCAAUAUCACAAGUUUUGGGAAGGAGACUUAGUAGUGAUAUAACUGGGAAGACACCCAAGCUGACAAAGUUGUCACCAUGAAGAUAUAGAGUGGGAGGUGAUUUUCAUUGUGCACAGCAGUCUUGUGAAAAUGUGUGACACUAUGUAAGGAGCAAAGGGUAGUUUGAUGUUCUGGCUGUGCAGGAUUGUCUCCAUGCCCUUCAAAAUGUAUUAUUUUCUUUACUUAGAAGAUAUGGUUACAUUUUAUUACAUUUUGACUUGAUCUGUCUGCUGUAUCUCCUGUCUGGUUGCCUACCAGACUGGAAUGGAUAGUGCUUGUGAUCUUUGAAGAUUUGGAUGGCAAGACUUAACAGAUUCUGGAAAACAUGUGUGAAUCGUAGAAUGGUGUUGCAUGGUGGCUCAAGGAAUUGCUUGUGCAGGAUUGUUUUGGAGCCCGCACAAAGCAGCAUAUUAUGCCAGUUCUGGACAAGGUUAAACCUCGUUAGAGAUAAAUAACAAAUUCAAAGAAACAUUUCCUCAAGAUUCCUGGCUUGGAAGAACUGAUGUGCCGUUGUCUUAUGUCAGGAUGGAACCCGGUGCUCAUAUUAUUACCCAUCAGACAAUAAUAAUAUUUGAAUCUGCAGAGUGCAUUUCUCUGUGUGUAGGCGAUCUAUGCACAAAAAGACUACAAACAGGGAACAGACAUUUAACUUUGCAACAAAGAAACAAAAUCAACAAGUGGAUGAGACCAUGGAAAAUAUAAAGAUGAUCAAGAAUAUAUGUACUUUUUUCAGAAGAAUAUGUAAAUGCAGGUUUACAUGGAUUGUAUACAUUUGUGACGUGUGCAGACUCUUGAGAGUUGAUCACGUUGGACUUAUUUUUUGAUAAGGGAAACAACCAAUAAAACCCACACAGCUCUAGAGUGGGGAGCAGAUGGUGGAUAUAAUCAUUCCUAAUGCCGAUUGUUGCAGCCCGCUUCCCAGGGAAGUGGAUGGCCAAGUGGAUAGGGCAGCAGCAUCUGAGGAUGGACAUGUGUGCACACCGAUUUGAUACAGGUGGCCCAGCUGUUGAAUGGAUACCUGACCCCUUAGAAAGGAUACUGUUAAAUCAGGAA